AUGGAAGCUUAUAGUAAAUUUGAUUUUGAAGGAAACAAAGAAUUUCAGCAAUAUUUUUCAAACAUUUUUCCUACACCUACCAACGUAGAAAAAUAUAAACGUAAUUGGUAUAAGAAAUGCAUUGACCCAAAUUUUGAUGUAAAUGAUAAAUAAUAAUCUCAAAAACAAGAGGAAACUAAAAAAUAGGAAUAAUAAUAAAAUUAAUAGUAGUAAUAAUAGUAAUAAUAAUAAUAAUAGUAAUAAUAAUAAUAAUCAUAAUAAAAAUAAAAUUUUUAAAGAUAAUCACCUCAAUUACCAAUUUCAUAUGUGAUCGAAGGAGUUUUAAAAGUAUUAUAUUUUCCAGCACUAUUAUUCCUCCAAAAACCAGAAUUACACAAGUAUGUUAAUUUAGGUAGUGUUAUUAUUUGCUUAAUGGCUCUUAAAAGACUAAAGGGAAUUCCUAAAAAAGGAUAAUAUCAAGAAUAUUUUGCUUAAUUUCUAAAAUAUGAAUUUGCAACCAAUAUCUUUUAUAUGAUAUCUUUAUUUGCUAUAGAUAAUUUUGUAUUUUAAUUACCAAUUGCAUUACACUUUUUAGUAGGAGCUGCUGAAUUAUGGAAUUAAUUAGGCUAAGAUGAAGGAUUUACAUUAAGAUUUGCAUAAUAUAUAGUAGACAAUCGAGAUGAGAUCUUAAUAACAAAAUAAAAGAUAGAAAUAUACUUAUUUUUCUAUUCAGUGAUUGGAGUUUUUAUAAGAAAAACAUCAAUUUUUUUAGGUAUUUUUAUAUUCUAAAAUAUUUUAUUGAAAACUAAAUGCAAUGAAAAAAUGAUGAUAGCUCAAUCUAGCAUCAGAGAUUGGUAUAAAAAAAACUUAGUUGAAAAUAAAAAAGUUCCACAAUUUUUACAGAAUUUAUUAGCACUAGUUUGGAAAGGUUAUGAAAAAUUAAUUACAAUUUUUUGA